AUGGUGCGUGCUGCCUCACAUCAGUUACUGCGGCGGCCGGAGACGCCACAGGAGGAUGAGCUGCGGCCACAGUCCUCGCAAGCGUCGUCGCGCCCAGCGCAGCCAUUUCGCUCCAGCUCUCCGCACACGGAGUGGCAGGGCCGCAUCCUGGAAGAGCUCGCAAAGACUUCGAAGCGCGGGAGAGCUCUGCCGACGCCCCGCUAUAAGAAAGAGCCGGAGCUCCUGCCCCUGAACUUGUCUUGCGAGGCCUGCAGUACAGACUGUUCCGAUGGCAAGUUGCUGCCUGAGGAGGAGUCACCGCAGGAGCUCAAACGGCCGCAUCAGAAUGAUGUGAAGCUGACCCGCUCCACCUCGGAGUUGGCGCAGUGGCUACCCGACAUCACAGAGGUCAUCUCUCGGUUGAGGGCGGGCGCGGAUGGCUUCUCUUCCACAGAGAUGGAGCGGAUCAACACCGCCUUCCAACGUUUCAAGGAUCCGGACAAUCCGGAGAUCCACAAGGAUGAGCUUCCCAAGGUGCUGAUGCAUCUCGGCUACACGCAAAUCCAUGAUGCCCGCGUCCGUGAUCUUGCAGACGGAAUUACGAGGUAUCCCAUGCUGGAAAAGGCGGAGUUUAUCACCUUCAUGGAGAAACACGUGGAGUACGAGCUGCAUGCCUUCAGGGACAUCUUCGCGAGGUUUGAUGCAGAUGGGAAUGGCUGCCUGGAUGCGGGUGAGCUGCACGUCUUCCUCUCCUCACUGGGCUUCACUCCGCUGCGGAGUAUCAUCCGAGAGUCCCUGGACCUCGUGGACCUGGACGGCAAUGGCACACUAGACUUUGAGGAGACCGUGAUCCUCAUGCACGUCUACAGGCAUUCCGAGGGUUUCACCCUGGACGAGCUGCAGGAGCUCACUGCGGCCUUCGUCGAGCAGACAGGGGCAAAAGGGAAGAUGGACGACAGGACGCUCCCGGCAGACAGACUGCAACACCUGCUGAUCAGCUUCUUCGGGCCACGGGCGACCCAGUUUUCCACUGAACUGCAGGAGGAGAUCAUCAGAUCGGGCCGGCGGAAGAGCAACAUGGAUCCAAAAGGUGACAAGGGCCCACCACCGGCUCUAACUUUUCAAGAGGCGGUACUGUGGGCCCGGCGUUUCCGGGAGAGGAUGUUCACGAGUUAUCGUGAUGUCUUCGACAAGUUUGACGACGACGGAAACGACAACAUCGAUCUGCGGGAGAUCAAGAAUGUCAUCCGCGAGUUAGGCUUCACGAUCCCGCAGAAGACUAUCCACGAACUGAUUGUGGAGGCCAGAAGGCGUGGAGACAUCCUGAACAGCGACACGGACGGGCUGGACUACGACAGCUUCGUGCAUUUCAUGCAGCUCCUCAACGAGAAUGAUGGCUUCAACAAGCAGGAGAUUGACCGAAUUGUCAAGACCUUCAAGAAGUAUGACAAGGAUGCAAGUGGCGACAUCAACACCCUCGAACUCUCGGACAUGAUGCGGGAGAUGGGCCAGGCCCCACGCAUCGAGGAGGUUCGCACUCUGCUGUCCGCCGUGGACAUCAACGGUAACGGAGUCCUAGACGAGCGAGAGUUUAUUCGAUUCUCCCGGCUCUUCCGGGAAAAGCAGCUGGCGCGAGCCAAGAUGGUCUUUAUGAAUCACGCAGACCGGCAGCUUUGUCCCGAGAUGAUUCCUGCAAGCCAGGUGGAUUUGGCCAUCCACGUACUGCUGGCAGACGAAGCCAUCGAGGUGGCACCCCUGCCACCAGAGGAAGGGCUGUCGAAGGAUCAGCCGAUCGAGUUCGACGAGUUUGUGUUUUGGCAUCAAUUCAGCCAUCGGAUCCCGGGCGUCCAACCCAGCGAAGCCGAGAGCCGCACGGGUGGUCGCAUGGUUCCGCUGGCAUCUGAGGUUGAGCUUGCGGAAGCAUGGCUGAUUUGGGGGGGCCCUGGGAGCUCGUCCAUUUGCGGCAGCAAUUGUCAUUGCUUCCUCAGGGGUCAGGGCUUGAUCAGGGCAGGGCUGCUGACUUCCCAGGAUCGAAUGCGCGAGAGACUCAUCUGGACUUCGAAGAAGUUCGCCGGAUUUGGGGAAGCAGAGGUGAAUGAAAUCCGACAAAUCUUCGACAGCUUCGACACAAAGCGAGCUGGCAGCCUGAAGCCCAACGAGGCAUCGGAGCUACUGAAGUCGCUGGGAAUCGAAGUUCGAAGUGUGGAGGAGCGCAUCGCACUCUCAGAACAGAUCGCCACGGCAUGCCAGGAAGCGAAGGAGGCAGGUGCCGAGGCCGUGGUGGACGGCCAAGUCAACUUCUGGGUCUUCUUGCAGCUCUUCCGGGCGAUGAAGCGGAAGCAGGACGAGGAGAAGGAGCGGCGGCUGAUGUCAGUCUGCGAGGAGGUGAAAUUCAACUCGCAGGAAGUCAACCAGUUCCAGGAAGUCUUCGAGCAGUGUUGGUCCUCCCUCUACACGGACGGAGUGACUUCAGACACGAAGCAGUUACCAAGGACAGCCGUGUACAAGCUCUUCAGAAACAUGGGGAUGCGCCUCGAAGGACGAAACCGACAAGCCUUGGACGAUCAGCUCAAUGCCAUGCAAGCACAGAAGGGGCAGCUUGCCAGACAGGGGGGCCUUUUGCGCUGA